GAACCAAAACAAGAUGGCACCCACUGGUGGUCUCUCCAGCUCAUAGAGGUUUUGUGUCAACACAUCACUCCAAGAACAUGUCAUCAACAACACACAGGAGCUCUGGUGCUGCUGACCACUGCUGUGUUCUGUGUGGUGUUGAUGGAGCUGAUGUGAAACUGUCUUCAAAAGGACUUUUCAUCUUUGAUUGCAGUAUCAAUGAAACGUGAAGUUGACAUUCACACUCAGAUUACAGUGAAUAAUGACUACAUGUAUUUUGUACAUGAGAGUUGUUGAAAGACAUACACAGCAAACAAGAACAUUUACAAAGCCAUCAAAACUCAGUCCACUGCCACAUGUCAAACAGCCACAAGGGUUUUGCGAACUCUGAACUCCAAUUUCAACUUUGAAACUCAUUGUUUAAUAUGUGCCAAAGAAAUUGAUUUUGUUAAGGGACCUCGUUAUCCAAGCCAGUCCUCUGCUGUGAGCAGUAUUGAGUAUGUCAACAAUAUUGGAAAAACAAGCAUCUUACAAAAUACACUGUUACAAGUUUGUAACCAGAGACUUGAUAAGGAAUCAGUAGAAAUCAAGGCUAGGAUUGCAAUGGCAGGUGAUAUUCGUGCAGUUUAGGCUAAAUAUCAUAGACCAUGCAUGCAGAAGUUCUUGUCAGCACAUGGUAAAAGUGACACCAAUACCAAAAAUGAGGACACAGCAAACAGUACUGCUUUCUCAGCAUUAUGCAGGUGGUUAUCCUUCCAACAAAACAGUCAGUUCACCAUACAGGAUUUGCAGAGCAGGCUGGCAUCUUAUCUUGCCGAAGAUGUGGAACCAUACAGCAUUAAACAUCUGCAGCGCCGUCUUCUUGAACACUUUGGUGCAAAGGUGACUAUAGCAGAAGUUGAAGGAAGAGCAAAUGUUGUUACUUUUGUUGACAAAGCAGCAACUAUUCUGCAAAACUCCUAUCAUGAAGAUGACAGUGAUAAAGAUGACACAUUGCAACAAGACAGAAUGUUAGGAUGUCAUAUCAGAAAGCGUUUGGAAGGUCUCAAGAAGACAGACUUGUUUUAUCCUUGUCCUCAAGACACUGACAUUGACAAACUUGAGAAUGAGGUUCCUGAUGUCCUCCUUGUAUUUGUGAGAAGUCUAAUGAGAAAAGCCACCACAGAAACUGCCUUUGAAAAACAACGUCUUGAAGUUGUUUCUCACUGUCAUGCAUUGAUGCAAGCUUCAGCUCCAAACCCUUAUCUAUCCCCUUUGAUGCUCUCCACUGGCGUUUUCAUCCACCAAACAAGAAGAUCCAGAGUGCUGCUGAAUGUUUUUUUUAGUCUUGGCUUCUCUGUGUCUUAUGAUCAAGUAAUGGAUUUUGAGAAAUCAGCUGUAGUAAGCAAGUCUGUUGAAGAUCUUCCACCUGGAAUCGAGGCACAGGACCAAGGUGGUGGUUUUUGUCAGUGGGUGGCUGACAACUUUGACUACAAUGAGGACACUGUUACUGGACACAAUUCAACACAUGUCAUGGGUAUUAUUGCUUGCCAAACCCAAGCUUCCAAGCCAACAAUUACUGUUCAGCGUAAGAAGAAAACAUCUGCUGAUAUUGCAUCUUCUGGUGACUUUGGUCAUAUAAUACAACCUUAUAGUAGGGAGGUCAGGCACGGCAGCCAUCUUGUUUUUUUAAAGAAAUUAAUCAAGUUUCAUCACAUUUCAGCUUCAUUGACAGAAAUAAGAAGAAGAUACAUGCUUAUGAAGAAUGUCUUAAUAAAACAUUAUGCCUAUUCUUGUGUUGUUCUCUUUGUUAUUUCACCAUGAAUAGAAUGUUUAUUCAAGUAUGCAGCUUCUUUUGAUUACCGGGUAUGUCAGCUUUUUGCCAAAAUGGCACCAUC